AUGGCGACCACCUCAACCCGGCCCUCGUCUCCAUCAUCCAGCUUCUCGUCGUGCGACGUCAGACCGGUUACCAUGCAGCGAUACCAGACCAAACCGGUGGGCGAGUGGUCGAAGAAGGAGGUCAAGGCCUGGCUUGCGGCCCUCGACCUCAAGCAGUACGCCCGCACCUUCCGCAAGCACGACAUGUGCGGUAGCCGACUGGUCGGGCUUUCGCGCGACGACCUCCGCGCCAUGAACGUGACCAAGGUGGGCCACGUCAAGAAGAUCACCAGCUGGCUCCGCGACUCGGCCGCGCUCCACAACGGCUACGCGCCUCCGCCCACCGCCAUUUCGCCGACGCUCUCGGCCACCACCUCGUCCUCCUCUGUGAUGACCUCAUCGGGCAAGUUCAUGGCCACCAUUACCCGGCGGUACAGCUUCGGUGGCGUCGGCGACUCGCCAGUCCCGCCUCCUCUACUGGCCUCGCCAUCGUCAUCGGUAGUCGGGGCUACGCUAGUCCAGUCCAUGGCCCGGCUCGCCCCUGCCUCGCGACACACCUCGUCCACCCUAUCAACAACCUCAUCGUCAUCGUCGUCGCCGCCCCCCAGUCCCAUCCGCCGCACCAAAGCCGCGCAUUCCAGCAGCAGCACCAACGGCUCGCCCCUCCGCCAGUCGUCCAUGGACAUCGUGUGUCGGCGAGAGGCCCGGUCAGCGUCGGUGCCCGAGAAUUUGCACUCGCAGCAGUUCUUCGACUUGACGGUCUCGGACGAUGCCAACACCAUGUUCUACUCGCCCGAGACGUCGGGUGAGAGCCUUUCGCUUGGCUCCGAGAGCGCGGUGCCGCUUCCGCGCAGAGGUGGAGGCAGCGGCAUCCGCGGGCGUCCGACGGUGCGCAAGAGCAACAGCUCGCCGGACUGCAACUCGAGCUACGCGCGGCUCUACCCGUCGGUCUACCUCUGGGUGAAGCUGGUGUUCGACGACGACAUCAGCAUCUUGCGCUUCAAGCGCAGGACCCUCACGGUCAAGCGGCUGCAACGCGAGAUCAACCGCAUACACCAGUGCCAGCCGCGACUGCGGUGGAUCGACUCGGACGGCGACUGCAUCGAAAUCAAGACCACCGAGUUCCUCAACUACGCCCUGGAGGACUGGCAGCGCCGCUUUGACGAGGGCCAACAGCGGAUGAUCCGGAUAGAGGCCUUCCAGAAGGCCUGA